AUGAAGGCACUAUUGAGCACCGCACCAUCCUCCCAGAACGGCGACCAUCACCACAACCGGAACUUUAAAUUCUCUCAGAUUUGCGUCUCGAAGUCGGCCAGCAGUACUCGUCAUUUAGCUUCCCCGCCUCUGCGUCUUUUCUUCUUCUCGCUGGAGAUAUUGGACGCCUACUUGACUACCAAGGGUACGUUAAAGUUCCUCGAAGCGCAAGUCUCUCGACUCAAAAAGGUCUUGCUAGUAUUAGGGAAUCACAAAUUCUACGGCCUGGACUACCAGUUAGGUCUCAAAAAAGCUCAUCUCCUCUCUAAGAAACCCACGCCAUCGAAUACCCUGGUGGAACCGCAAAAACAUCGAUGGGACGACCCAGAUUCGGCUUUAACAAAUAUCGGGUGCACACUUUGGUCUGCGAUCCCAGAGGAGGCAUGCAGCAUCGCCGAGUCUGAGAUGAAUAACUUUAAGAAAAUAACAUUUUGA